UUCCUUCACUUGCUUUCUUUCUCUUGUCUCGCGCGGACGCGAAACCCUCGCGAUCGAUCUCCGUCCGCCGUGAAAGGGUCUUGGUCUUUCGUGGGGAGCUUGGUCCGUUGGUAGUUCUUGAACUGCCACCAGCAGGAUUCAGCUUGGAGUGGAGAGGGGCCGGUUCGAUCGGUGGGCGGUCGAGAGUUCGGGUUUAGGCCGGGUGCCGGAAGCGGGGUGGCGCUGCCGGUGACGGAUGGCGCUGUUCAAGAGGCUGUUCUUCCGGAAGCCGCCCGAUCGGCUGCUGGAGAUUGCCGAACGCGUUUACGUGUUUGACUGCUGUUUCUCGACUGAAACCACGGGAGAAUGUGAGUACAAGAACUAUAUGGGUGGGGCAUUUGCCCAACUGCAGGGCUAUCACCCGGAUGCGUCCUUCAUGGUUUGUAAUUUCAGAGAAAGAGAUAAGAGGAGCCAAAUUUCAGACAUUUUGUCGGAGUAUGAUAUCAUGGUCAUGGACUACCCGCUGCAGUCCAAGGGAUGUCCUUUGCUCCCUUUGGUGAUGAUCCACCAUUUCCUGAAGUCAAGCGAGAGCUGGCUGUCAAUGGAAGGGCUACAUAAUGUAUUGCUGAUGCACUGUGAGCGGGAAGGUUGGCUGGUCCUUGCCUUCAUGCUUGCUAGCUUACUCCUUUACGGGAAGCAGUACACUGGGGAACAAAAGACUCUUGAAAUGGUGUACAAGCAAGCUCCUAAGGAAUUCCUUCAUCUUUUGUCCCCCUUGAACCCUCAACCUUCUCAUCUUAGAUACCUUCAAUACAUAUCCAGACGAGGUAGCAUGUCAGAUUGGCCUCCACGAGAAACCACUUUCACCUUGGAAUGCCUGAUUAUCAAAGCCAUUCCCAGGUUUGAUCGCGAAGGUGGCUGUAGGCCAAUGGUUCGCAUAUACCGGCAAGACCAUUUGACACCCACAAGCAGUAGUCCAAAGAUGCUUUUCGCAACACCAAGGACCAAGAAGCACAUUCAUCAUUAUAGACAGGCUGUAACAACAAAAAUUAAUGCUUGUUGCUGCAUUCAAGGAGAUAUUGUCAUCGAAUGCCUGCAUCUGGACGAAGAUCUGGAACAUGAGGAAAUGAUGUUCAGAGUCAUGUUUAACACAGCAUUUGUCCAAUCUAAUAUUUUGGCAUUGACACGUGAUGAAAUUGAUCUUGUAUGGAGUGCGAAGGAUCAUUUCCCAAAGGACUUCAAAAUCGAGGUUGUCUUUUCAAACUCUGAUGCUUCCAUAUCUGAUACAAGCACAGAAAUGGUCGUUGAAGGGAGGAAAGAGACACAAUGUGUUUCCAAAGAAGCAGCUGAGUUUUUUGAGGCAGAAGCAUUUAGCAGUUCAGAUUGGCAUGACAUAAAAAGAGAUCCUUAUUUCCAGAUCCAUGAUGCCAAAAGAGAUCCUGGAAGGAGUCCUAAGGACGAAAAUUAUAUUUUGUCAGAGGGAGCAAGGUGCAAAUUGGAAAUGAGUAAUUCUGACGAGGUCUCAAAGAGUAUGAUCACCCAAAAUUUUGCCGAUGUGGAAAAAUUAGGUGUCAACUCAGAAUUUCCUGGUAUGCUCGGUCAAGCUGAGAUUAUUUGUGAAACUGGCAAUUUCAAACAUGAUAAGGAGAUUGUUGCUGAAAGAUUAGUUGAUUUGGACAUUGUGGUUCCAAUUGAAGACAAGAUGAUUGUAGAGAGAAGCACACCCCCUCAGCAUAGGAAUGGCACAUCAACUUCAGAAGCUGAAGAGAAGAUUGCUUUAGAGAACAGCGAUUUUAAUCAAGAGAGAGUAGGUGACAUCAAGGUGUCAGCUAUUCCAGAGAAUAUGAGUCACAAGUUAGAAGCUCCAUCUAUGGCAGGUAUGCUAAAGCAGGAAAGUUCUAUAAAGAGGUCUGCUGCAAGGUAUGAUGAGCCCAGUUCAGAGACAUCUUGUUGUGGUAGACAUACAGGCUCUUUAGUUAUAGGAGAUGAGGUAGAACCACGGGAUAAGAAUCGUUUGGAAACUCUGGGUAUUGGAUUCCAAACAAUGAGUGGAUUACCUACCACUAGCACAAAACCUAAGGUAAAUGAUGAAAUGUCUGUGCUUGCAGACUACAUGGUUGCAUGUGAGGAGAAGAAUAUAAUAGAAGUGAGCAAUUACCAACAUGAAUUAAAGGACAUUGUUGUUCUAGCUGUUGAAGAUGAUACGACUGAAAUGUGUGAUAUCAAGCAUGAUUCAGCUCACAUUGUUACAGAUAAGAUGAUAAAUUUGCAUGAUAUACAUUGUGAGUCAGAAGCACAAGCUCUGAAAGUAAAGGCUGAAAGCAUAUUAGAGCAAAGAGAGUGUAAACCUAACCCAGAGAUUACUGUUAACAGGAAAAAGUUCAUUCUGGUUGACAAGGCUCAUAAUCCAGGGAACCAGGAUAUAGAAAACAAAGGGAAGUUCAAGAUGGAAAUGCAUGUGGGGAAAGAUAAUACAGAGAAUGGUGUUUCUGAAAGUGAGAUAGAUCUGAAGGUUGUCAGACAGAAAGCACUAUAUGAUGGUCAAAUGCUGACGCCUAAAGAGUCUCCGUGUACAAUUUCAAAGAAAAUACCAACAUGUAUAAGACUGUCUGAUUCCGGUGUAAUAAAAACAAGGAUUAAGCAACAAGAAAGUGUCGGAUAUGGUCUGCCUCCUCUUUCACCAGCUAUACUUUCAUGUUCAUUUGCUAAAGGCCUGUCUUGUCCACCUAUGCUCUUAGGAGAAUCUACCAAAGGCCUACCACUCCUCGAUUCCCAUGUGAUCUCAGGAGCUUCUGUCAAAAGUGCAGCUCUGCCUCCUCCUCCACCAUCACCACCCUCAUGUCCUAAAGCCAAUAUGAAAGGUGCUCUUCUGCCACAACCACCUUCUGCUCCACCUCACGCCAAAAAUUUGUUACCUCCUCCUUUGUUGCUACCAAAUCGAGGAGGAAGAACUCAAGGUCCACCACCUUCACCUCCACCUCCAUCUCCUCUUGACCAAAAUGUUGGUGUAUAUAUUCCUCAUCCUCCUCAUUCAGCAAUAUCUGUUAAAUGCUUUUCAAUGAUGCCUCCUGCUCCACCACUAGAGCCAUUGCUAAAUUCUCACUCAAAUGCAUCAAAACCCCCAGAAGGUGCUGCCCCUAUCCUGUCUCCACCUCCAUCUGCAACUCAUGGUGGAGCUCGACCUCCACUACGUGCUCCAGGAGCACAUGGUGGCGCUCCUCCUCCUCCACCACCUCCUAGAGCUCGUACUCCUAAACAGCGAGCCUCUCCUCAUGUAAGACGACUUCCUUCUUCUACUGUGUCAGCUAUGCCUGUUUCUCAGGUUGAUGCUAGAGGUAUAUCACCUAGGCAUGGACUCAUAUGUCCAACAAGUUCAGUGAGUUCAGCACCUUGUAGGUCAUCACUGAAGCCAUUGCACUGGGUGAAAGUAACAAGAGCAGUUCAAGGAAGCAUAUGGGCAGAACUUCAAAAAUCUGAGGAUGCUUCAAAUGCUUCAGAAUUUGAUGUAUCUGAACUUGAAAGACUCUUCCCAGCAGUGGUACCCAAAAAUGAUAUCUCUAAAACUGAGGGUCGUCAUAAAUUUCUUGGAUUGAAACCUGACAAAGUUCGCUUGAUUGACUUAAGGCGGGCUAACAACACUGAAAUCAUGCUGACAAAAGUCAAGAUUCCACUUUCUGAUUUGGUGAGUGCUGCUCUUGCAAUGGAUGAUUCUAUUUUAGAUGUGGAUCAAGUGGAAAAUAUGAUCAAAUUUUGUCCAACCAAAGAGGAAAUGGAGCUGCUGAAGGGGUACACUGGAGACAAGGACCAGCUUGGUAAAUGUGAGCAGUAUUUUCUAGAGUUGAUGAAAGUUCCACGUGUGGAGUCGAAACUAAGAGUUUUUUCUUUCAAGAUUCAGUUUGGCUCACAGGUUUUGGAUAUUAGAAAGAGUUUAAACACUAUAGACUCUGUUUGUGAACAGGUUUGCAGUUCUGCCAAAUUAAAGGAGAUAAUGAAGAAAAUUCUGUACCUUGGAAACACAUUAAACCAAGGAACUGCAAGAGGCUCAGCUAUUGGUUUCCACCUGGACAGUCUUCUAAAACUUACUGAUACUCGUUCCACCAACAAUAAGAUGACACUGAUGCAUUAUUUAUGCAAGGCACUUGCUAUCAAGUCCCCACAUCUUCUGGAUUUUCAUGAGGAUAUUACAAGUUUGGAAGCUGCAUCUAAGAUACAACUGAAAUAUUUGGCUGAAGAAAUGCAGGCCGUAGUCAAAGGGUUGGAGAAGGUCGGGUUUGAGCUGCAAGCUUCUGAAAAUGAUGGCCCUAUAUCUGAAGUAUUUCUAAAGACCCUGAAGGAGUUUACUGCUGUUGCUGCAGCUGAAGUACAAUCCUUAACAAUGCUUUAUACUGAAGUGGGUAGAAAAGCAGAUGCCCUUGCCUUAUACUUUGGCGAAGAUCCUGCACAAUGUUCUUUUGAACAAGUAGUGACUACUCUUCGGAAUUUCAUAUCGUUAUUUCGGCGGGCACAUCAGGAUAACUGCAAGCAGGCUGAGCUUGAGAAGAAAGCUGAGAAAGAUUGGGGGAUAGACAAGUCCAAAUCUUCGACACCCAGGAGUAGAGCUGUCAAGGACACCAGAGAAACAAAUCGAGAUAAAAAUGUCAGAUGACCAUCCACCUGCUUAUUGACUACUAUUUUAAUUAGCUUGUCCCAAAUAAUACUCCACCUCAUGAUAUCCCUCCAUUGUUGAUGAGAAAAGAGUACUGCCUGCCAAGCGACUCAGGUCAGGAAUGAUAGAACUGAACCCGAGAUGCUGCAUCAAACAUGGCACCGGAAUCAUGAUACGGGAGAUCCCAGGAUGGUGAUCUACUUGUCUGGUAAUCUUAAUCUAUUGUGUAUCUAGGCGCUAAGUUUGUUGGUUGCUGGGUUCAGAUGUCAACAGGUACCCCUGGUACUGAAUGCCAAAUCUCAGUUCCUGUAACUAUGAUUAUGAUACAGAGCUAACAUGAGUUGGUAUGAUUCUUUUUGUAAAGUCAUGAUUGGUUCCGCUAAACAAGAACUUGUGUAAAAAAUAAAAAAAAA